AUGGCCUACCUCUUGCUUUAUGUGGAUGACAUUAUUUUAACCGCUUCCAGUGACUGUUUACUUCAGAACAUCAUUAAAUCCCUCACCGUUGAAUUUAAGAUGACUGACUUGGGCACCUUGCACCAUUUUUUGGGAAUCGCUGUAACAAAACAGGCCAAUGGGUUGUUUUUUAUCACAAAGAGCUUAGCUGGGGCCCUUCAAUAUCUCACCAUCACCAGACCCGAUAUAGCCUAUGUUGUUCAACAGGUGUGCCUCUUCAUGCAUGCUCCUAGAGAACCCCAUUAUCAGUUUCUGAAGAGGAUCCUUCGUUAUGUCAAGGGCACUUUAGAUCAUGGCCUAUUGCUUUCUUCGUCCUCCUCCACCGCCCUAACUGCUUACUCUGAUGCCGAUUGGGGAGGAUGCCUCGACUCCAGACGUUCCACUUCUGGCUACUGUGUCUAUAUGGGAUCCAACUUGAUUUCAUGGUCUUCAAAACGACAAUCCACGAUCUCCAUGUCAAGUGCAGAAGCUGAAUACAGAGGCGUGGCGAAUACUGUUGCUGAACUUAGCUGGUGGACGUAUAUCACUGCUGCAAUUAAGGUGACAGACGAUGACCAACCAAUCGAAAGUCAAGAUCAAGAUUUAUAA